AUGAAUGUUUAUGAUGAUAUAUUAGACGCUACAGUGGUAUCCCGAAGUGUAAAAGGGCACUUCACUACAUGUGAAUAUACAGAGCUUAUAACUGUGAGGACAAGUAUCAUAAGUGUUUACAAAGUUGAAGAUGAUGGUAGGCACCUUCUACUGACUAAUGAAUUUGAUUUUAGAGGGAAAAUUAAGGAUAUUGCAUUAAUUCCAUCUAAGGAAAGCAAUGAAGAAGGUAGUGAUGGUAAUAGGGAAAGUAGUUUACACCCAAUGCUCGAUUAUAUGCUUAUAUCUUCAGGGGUUGCCAAAUUGUCUAUUGUACGAUUUGAUGUCGAGAGUAAUAAUUUAGAGACAGUAAGUCUUCAUUACUAUGAGGAUAAAUUGAAAGAAACAUCGUUAGUGGAAUUGGCCACUGACUCACAAUUGAGAACAGAUCCCAAUGGUAAAUGUUCGUUGUUGUUUAAUAAUGAUAGUAUAGCUAUCCUACCCUUCGGAGAAGAUGAAAAAUUAGAAGAUGAUGAAGAUGUAUAUAUGGGUGAUGUGGGUGAAGAAGAACCAGACAAAAAACGUAGAAAGACUCAAUCUCAGAAUACAACCACUUUUACAGAACCUAGUAUAGUGAUCUCGUUGAAAAAAUUGAAUAAAGAGAUACAGAAUGUAGCAGAUAUUCAAUUUUUGAAGAAUUAUACAAAGCCCACCAUUGCAAUUUUAUAUCAACCUCGGUUGACUUGGGCAGGUAGUUUAAAGAUUUCAAAGACACCUACUUGUGUGAUGAUUCUAACAUUGGAAUUGCGUAGUGUGAACACUAAGACAGAAGUGGAACCUAUUAUGAUUGCAAAAUUGCAAAAUUUACCUUGGAGUUGGAAUCAGAUUGUGCCGACUGAAAAAGGUAGUGUUAUUAUUGGGGUUAACGAAAUUGCAUAUAUUGAUAAUACUGGUGUUUUACAGAGUGUUAUUUCUUUAAACUCUUAUUCAGAUAAGUCCAUAAUUAAGAGUAAAAUAAUAGAUAAUUCCAAAUUAGAAUUGAUAUUAAACCGAAACUCUGUAGUGACCUACUGGUCAUCUACUACGUCGAAUAACAAUGAUGGGAAUAAUCAGAAUGUUGAUAAUAAUAAUGAUCUCUUAGUGUUAAUGACAGAACAGUCUAAUCUAUAUUACAUACAACUUGAGUUUGAAGGGAAACUACUAACUACUUUUGACAUCAUAGAAUUACCAAUUGCAAACAAUAUUUUCAUAAAUAAUUUAGGACCCACUUGUAUUUCAGGUAUCAAUAAUAAUUCAAGCUCCAUUUCUGCUUUUGAUAUGUUUAUUGGGUUUCAAUCUGGUAAUUCAUUGCUAGUACGUCUGAAUAAUAUGAAAUCUACGAUUGCAUCGAGAUCAUCACAUACUCACACAGUUGAUGACGACGAUAAUAUAUUUAGUGAGGGAGACGAUAAUGAUGAGGAUGAUGAGGAUGAAGAUUUAUAUGCUGAUGAUAUACUUUAUAAUAAAAAUAAAGAAAAGUCAAGGGAGGAAAUUGUUGAAACAGUAGAACCGUUUGAUAUUGAAUUGUUAUCGUCCUUAACAAAUAUAGGACCGUUAACCUCAGUAACAAUUGGUAAUGAUUCAUCUAUUGAACCGCGGAUUAAAGGUUUACCCAACCCGAGUAAUGGUGAAAUGUCUAUAGUAGCUACAUCAGGAAAUGGUGUUGGUUCACAUUUGGUUUCAAUUCAACCGAGUGUGCAUCCCGAGAUUCAGUUAGCUCUAAAAUUCAUUAGUAUUACACAAAUUUGGACAUUAAAAUUUAAAAAUAAGGAUAAAUUCCUGAUUACAACCGAUUCUUUCAAAUCCAAGAGUGAUAUAUAUGAGAUUGAAAAUAAUUUCGCACAAUAUAAAGAAGGUAGAUUAAGAAGAGACGCUACAACUGUCCAUAUCUCUAUGUUUGGAAAUGAUACUAGAAUUGUUCAAGUCACCACCAAUCAUUUAUAUCUAUACGAUUUGGAUUUCCGUAGAUUGACCACUAUAAAGUUUGAUUAUGAAGUAGUUCAUGUAUCGGUAAUGGAUAAUUAUAUCCUGAUAACAGUAUCAAGAGGUGAUAUUAAAGUUUAUGAAUUAGAGACAAGGCAAAAGAAAAAACUUUUCAAAGUUAAUUUGCCAGAGAUUUUAAAAGAAAUGGUUAUCACGUCUGGUCUAAUCUUAAAAAGUGAUAUGUGUAAUGAAUUUCUAAAUUUAAAGGAUAUGGAAGAAGAACAGUUAUUAUUCACUUUUGUUACAGCUGAUAAUCAAAUUAUUUUUUUCACUAAAGAUCAUAACGAUCGUAUCUUCCAAUUAACUGGUGUGGACGAUUUAAAAGAUUGUUUAUUUGUGAGCACUUAUCAACUUCCUGAAGAAGUUGUACCUGAUCCAUCGAUCAAACAAGCUAUGUUAAACACCCUUGGUAAUAAAAACAAAGAGAUUUUUUUGACUAUUUUAACUUUUGGUGGUGAGGUCUAUCAAUAUAAGAAAUCAAACAGGAGAGCAAGUAGAUUUUAUAAGAAUGCUUGUGGGAAUAAAUUACCGAUUGUUGGUGCACCAAAUAACGCAUAUGCAAAAGGUGUUACAGGUAUUGAAAGAAUAAUGCAUUAUAUACCUAAUUACAAGGGGUAUUCAUGUAUUUUCAUUACUGGUAACGUACCUUAUAUCAUCCUGAAAGAGGAUACUUCAGUACCAAGAUUAUUCAAAUUUGCCAAUAUACCCUUGGUGUCCUUGACACCUUGGGGUAAGAAGUCUGUAAUGUGUGUCGAUCAUAUCAAGAAUGCUAGGGUGUAUACUUUAGAUGAUACCAAUAUUUACUAUGGUAAUAAAUUACCCUUGAAGUCAAUUACAAUCAACAACGUUCUCCAGAAUUUUAUGACAUUCAAUAAUAUUGCGUAUCAUGAAAAAUCUCAAAUGUUUGUAGUCUCUUAUACAAAGGAGAUAGAAUAUGUUCCAAAGAGUGAAAAUGAUGAAAUAAUUGUUGGCUCCAUGGACAAUAUGCCACAUGCAAAAGGUUUUCAGAGCGGGGUAUUAUUGAUCAAUCCUAAAACAUGGGGUGUCAUUGAUCAAAUAACUUUAGGCGCUAACUCUCUUGUCAACGAUUUAAGAUCGAUGAUUAUUCAAGUUGACUCAAAAACAAAAAGAAAUAGAGAAUAUAUAGUCUUUGGUGUAGGACAAGUUGGUUCCGAGGAUCUUCCCGCAUCGGGGUCAUUCCACAUGUAUGACAUUCUAUCUAUAGGAUCAGAACCUGGUCAGCCAGAUGCUACUAGUAAAUUUGAAAAGUUUUUCUCCGAAGAUGUUAGAGGUUCAGUAACGACCGUUUGUGAAUUAAGUGGAAGAUUUUCUAUAAGUCAAAGUCAGAAGAUUUUGGUAAGAGAUGCUCAGGAAGAUAAUAAUUCCGUCGUUCCAGUAGCAUUUUUUGAUACACCUGUUUAUGUAACGGAUUCAAAAAGUUUUGGUAAUUUCUUUAUUGUAGGUGACUCCAUGCAAGGAUUCCAAUUUAUCGGAUUUGAUGCUGAACCCUAUAGAAUGUUAUCCCUAGGAAGAAGUAUGUCUAAACUAGAAACUGUGGCUGUCGAUUUUCUGGUCAAUAAUGGAGAUCUAUACUUUGCUGUUACUGAUAGAAAUAAUAUUUUCCAUGUUCUGAAGUAUGCUCCAGACGAACCGAACUCGCUGUCAGGUCAGCGUUUAGUCCAUUGCUCAAGUUUUAACUUAUAUUCUACCAAUACAUGCUUAAAACUUCUUCCUAAGAAUGAAGAAUUUAUUGAAUCAGAUCAUAGCACCGUGUCAUAUCAAGUUAUUGGCGCCCAAGUAGAUGGAUCCAUGUUCAAAGUGAUACCACUCGGAGAAGAUACUUAUAGAAGAUUGUACGUUAUUCAACAACAACUAGGUGAAAAAGAAAUUCAAUUAGGUGGGUUGAACCCCAAUAUGGAAAGAUUAGCCAAUGAUUUCUAUGAUAUUAGUAAUGUUAUGAGACCUGUACUUGAUUACAAUGUAAUCAAGAAGUUUGCAUCUUUACCAAUUGAGAAAAGAAAUAAUUUAGGCAAAAAGACUGGUAGAAGGUCAGAUGUGAAUCUCUGGAGAGAUUUAAUUGACAUAGAGUUUUCUCUCAGGACUCUCUCAAAAUAA